CUCUUCUUCCGGCUGGAAAACGCUUACAAACAGAGUACAAAACUCUGACACAUUUACAGAGUAAAUGUGCAAUGUAUUUUAUGUCAAUGAGGAGAUGUAAACCAUCAAUAUGAAACCUACAGUGAGUGUACUGCGGCUGCCCAGAGGUCCGGACUUGAACAGCCGCGGUUUCGACCCGAACUCCCCCCGAUUCAUCGCGCUGUGUCCUACUUCCAUCUCCUCUUCAUCGUCAUUAUCGGGGACCGGGAUUAAAGAGGAGCAGCGGCUACGAUCGGAGCUGCGGGAGAGAUUUCUGCGGACGCUGCUAUUGAUGACCGACAAAGAAAUGCAGUUCAACAUGUAUGAGAAAGUGCAGGUCCGAGCGAAGUUCGGGGCCUCCGACAUAGACGUCCUGAAUUUUCAGGUAUCUGAUUUGGAGACUCCUCUUGGGGUGCAGAAAGAAGCCCUUUUGAGGUGCCAGGAUGUUAUUUCAUGCUCGUUUGAACUGUGAACUCAGGUUGACGCAGAAGCGCAGAGUUGAUUUUGUGCUGCGAUUAUUCUCUCAACCACAAGAGGGCGGCAGAAGUAUUCUGGUUGUUUAAUGAGUUCAAAGAACUUGGGUUCCAUUUUUUUCAUGCUGUAUUUAGUAACAAAUGUUUGCGAUGUUUGUUAUUUUUGUAUCAAAAGUAUCGUUCAUGUUUUAAGAAAAUAUAAGGAAUGAGAUACCUCGCUUUUUUUCCUUUUUCUUUUGUUAAAGGUAAGAAACGGGACAAUGAUUGCGGACAUUAAAUUGUACAAACAUACUAUCUGAUACUUAGGUAAAGUUGGUUUUAUAUUCGCACAUUCGCGGACUUCCGCGUUCAAUAACUCGUGAACUAAACGUUGUUGCUACACACAACACCUAUCACAUAUAACUACAGAUAAAACACCAGAAGCUACAACAUAAAUUUCCUCAAAACGAUCUUUCCUUCGCACUGGACAAAAUACAUUGAUCUCUAUGCGCAGGCUGCUAAGAAGGGACCAUCUGCAAAGUGCAAACCCGAAGGAAAGCUCGUUUUGAGGAGAUUAAAAUAUUAAAACAAUGUUAUUUGUGUAGUAACAAUAUUCAACUCAUGUGAUAUUUAGAAAGAAAAAUAUUGAUGAAUACCUUGAUAAGUCACUUAUUACAUUUACAUUGAAGCAGCAGUUUAUUCCAAAAUCCACACCCAAAAUAAACAUCAUGUUUGCUGUCAUGUUUUCUGAGUACUUGUCAAUAAUCUGAUGGAUUCAGUACCACGGACAGUAAUAUUUCUGCAGGACUGUAAACAUCAAUCAAUGUACAUGAAUUGUGUUAUUGUUAGAGUUCCAUGUUAAACACAGAUGUCAUACAACAGGAAAACAUAAAAUAGAGUUUAGCCAUUCUUUUUAUUCAACACCUGGAGAACACUGUUACACAGUCUUAAUCACAGAUAAAAACAGAAAAACAGAGGUGAAUAAAACAGCAAGACAUGGGCUGUAGUAUGUUCUGUAGAGUCCAGACAAGAUGAUCCAACUUGCUUUGUAGCAGUCGUCUCGAUGCUUUUCAGAACCUUUUGAAAUAAAUCAUGUCAUUAUUAAAACCACCACACUUACACAGUUCUUUUUCAUUUUUUUUUUCUCAAAUAAAUAUAAACGGAUGUAAAAUGAAGCAAUUAACUAUGUUCAGGAGAUUAAACAUGAUUUUCCUUUCUACAGUCUGGAUUGUUACCAAAUUACAGUUCAUGUACACAUUAAUUCAUUAUUAUUUCAUAAACACAUUUUUAAACACCAUCAUUAUAAUGCAGGUUUUGUUGCUAAAGGACAUUCUAUAGCAUCAGAACACAUAAUGUGAGAGAUAUUUGCCAGUAGGCUACAUCUGCAGUUGGCUAAAAUGUAGUUGUCUGUUUGCACACGAUGAAAAACAAUAUUAACUUUUUAGACGGUCCCUAUCUUGGUUACGACACACAUUGAAUAUUCAUCUCUAAAGUACAUGCUUAAAAAUAUACUUGCCCAUUUUGAUCGAUUAUAAAAAAUGUUGUAGUUCACAACCUUUGUUGUCAAUAUCAUGUAGCUGCUUUGAAUCUGAAAAAAAAAAAAAUAGCUUUAUUGACUAUUUAAUUGAAAAAGUUCUUUAACGCGAAUGUGCGAAUAUAAAACCAACUUUACCUAAGUCUAUCUGAUUAAUAACUCGCGAGUGAUGACUAAAGGCAGUGGCGGCCUUACCUAUGUUUCACACGUUUCAAUUGAAACGGGCCCCGCCCUCCAAGGGGGCCCCCAUUUCAGUUGUGAAAUGAAAGUUUCUGCUCCUAUAAAAAUCACAAGUCAGUAUGAAAACAACCUUGUUUUAAGAAAAACGUGUUUUAUUUGCGAUCUUCUGGAGAAAUAUUACACUACCCAGACCCACAAUCCUAAGCGUAACACUGACGUCUCUGAUUGGUCGAACUCGCGGUUACUAUGGCGACGUUUACCGGCCCCGCGAACGGCUUAGUGAUUCUGAGGUAAAAUACCGGUAGUUUAUUUGUUUAUACCUUUGCCUUUUUACCGUUAAGUUCAAAUGUUAUUUUGAGCAGGAAAAAAUGAAACGUACAUAUGCCAGUGGUGCUGAAAAAUGUAAGAUAUCGGACAACAAAAG